UUUAUAAACCUACCUACAAUCCCCUCAUUUCGACUUCUCAGUUCUCACCCUCGCCGCCGCCGCCUCCAGGAUUUGUCUGUCUUUGCGCAAGUAAUCAGCUCACUUGAUCAAGAUGCAGAACGAGGAGGGACAAAUCACUGAGCUCUACAUUCCCAGGAAGUGCUCGGCCACUAACAGGCUGAUCACCUCGAAGGAUCACGCAUCUGUUCAGAUCAACAUCGGGCAUCUUGAUGAGAAUGGCAUCUACACCGGCCAGUUCUCCACUUUUGCUCUCUGUGGUUACGUCCGUGCCCAGGGAGAUGCUGACAGUGGUCUUGACCGACUCUGGCAGAAGAAGAAAGCUGAUGUGAAACAACAGUAGAAGCAACAUUAUGAACUUAUGCCAAUUUUUCUAGUAUCUGACUUUAUGUUUUAGAGUAUCAAAGUGAACCAAUCGAUGAUGGUGUUGUGUAUUCGUUUAUGAUGAUGAUGGCAACUAGUAGGCAUUUUUUUGCUGUUGACUUCUAAGUUGAUACUUAUUUGAGCUUAAGUUUGCUGGAUUCAUUGUU